AGCCGGCCGGAAUGCCUCGGUAAGCGCAGCUAGUUAUGGGGCCCGCGGGCAGCAGGAAGAGCACCUACUGUUCCACCAUGGUGCAGCACUGUGAAGCCCUCAACCACUCUGUUCAGGUGGUCAACCUGGACCCUGCAGCAGAGCACUUCAGCUACCCUGUGAUGGCUGACAUCCGGGAACUGAUCGAGGUGGACAAUGUGAUGGAAGAUGAUUGUCUGCGGUUUGGUCCCAACGGAGGAUUGGUAUUCUGCAUGGAUUACUUUGCCAACAACUUUGACUGGCUGGAAAACUGCCUGGGACACGUUGAAGAUGGUUACAUCCUUUUUGACUGUCCAGGUCAGAUCGAGCUGUACACACAUCUGCCUGUGAUGAAGCAGCUGGUUCAGCAGCUUGAACAGUGGGAAUUUCGAGUGUGCAGAGUAUUCCUUGUUGAUUCUCUGUUCAUGGUGGAAUCUUUCAAGUUUAUUUCUGGCAUCCUGGCGGCUCUCAGUGCCAUGAUUUCUCUAGAAAUCCCACAAGUUAACAUCAUGACGAAGAUGGACCUGCUGAAUAAGAAAGCCAAAAAGGAAAUUGAGAAGUUUCUAGAUCCAGACAUGUACUCUCUGCUAGAAGAUUCAACAGGUGAUUUAAGAAGCCAAAAAUUCAAGAAACUGACAAAAGCUGUGUGUGGCUUGAUCGAUGACUACAGCAUGGUUCGAUUUCUGCCAUACGAUCAGUCGGACGAAGAGAGCAUGAACAUUGUGCUCCAGCACAUCGACUUUGCCAUUCCGUAUGGCGAGGACUUGGAUUUUAAGGAGCCAGAGGAACAGGAAGAAGAGUCUUCCUCCAUGUUUGAUGAGUAUUUUCAGGAACGGCAGAACGAGUGAGGUUGACUGCACAGUGACCAUCUGAUUGUGGCUGUAGGAAUGCAUUUCUGGAGGAGGUGACUGGAAGCUGCUGCUUGUUUUAAUGUAAACAACACUGGACCCUCCCCGCAGUGAGCCUGGAUUGUGCUUGGAGCUUUGAA